CUUUAACACAGAAUACAUAAUGAGUUAAUACAGACUAGCAGGAGGAGAUCAGCAGAUUGCAUUUGAUCAUGCCUUGGUUUGUUAUUGUGUGACUGACUAUGAAAUUUCAGGUGUUGUAUGUUAUAAAAACAUUCUUGAGAAACAAAAUGGGAUCCUGGACUCCUGUUCACUGCAAAUGCUGUGUACAACCUUCCGUGCGAACGCUCGCUGCAAUGCAGCUUAAAGAGGACAUCAAACCCGAGACAAAAAAAUGGCUCAUAUCUAUUCUAGAAGCACCCAAAAAAGAUGGAGGAGCACAUGUUUUAGUCCAUCCUGGAGAAGAUGACGACGGUAACUUUCUUCUCCUCUCUGCUACUUCAUGUUCACUGCUACAAGCAAUAGAAGUUGUGGGCUUGUCCAAACCUGACCUUCAUGGAUCAAUGAGAACAUUUUCUUAUGAAUACAGGAAGAAUUUCCUGAACGCUGAUAAACUUGAUAGCUUCCUGACAUUAUCAGAACAACAGUUCUUGUUGAAACAUGAAAUAGAGAGUGUAAAAGUUCUUCAGGAAACUUGCAUCCCAGGAUACUUAGAGCACAAGCUAUUUCCUGGGCAACAAACUGUUGACCUUUUGCAGAAAUGGGGAAUCAUUGUGAAAUUCUACCCAGUCCACGACAAAGAAGAGUUAAAGAGCUUAAUAAGAAGUUGGUAUAAGCAAAUAAGUAUUGGACCACAGCCAAUUGAUGCUGUUCGGGCUUAUUUUGGAGAGUCUGUGGCUCUGUACUUUAGGUUUCUUGAAUAUUUUACAGUUUCACUGAUUGCUAUGGUGGUGCUCCAUUUCAUCUGCAUGUUUUUUGAAGACUCGUUCAACAAAUAUGUUAUUUUUGCUGUAUUCAAUGUCAUUUGGUCCACAGUGUUCCUGGAGCUAUGGAAGCGUCAUAGUUCGGUAAAGGCCUAUUUUUGGGGCACACUAUACUUGAAGAGCUAUUUUGAAACCUCUCGACCCAACUUUGGGGGUCUCAUGAUGACCAAUCCUAUUACUGGGAGAUAUGAACCAUACUAUCCACAAUGGAAGAGAAAACUGUGGAUCAUUUUUGUGACUGUGCCAGUUGUUUGUGUGUUUGUGGGACUUGCAGUUGAUGGAAUGACUAUGUUCCUAUACUGGGAACACUGGUGCAAGACCUGGUACAAGAGAAGCACCAGCAGUUACUCCGUUCUAGUAUUGCAUCUACCAAGUGUUUGCCACACAAUUUACAUGGAGAUUUUGAACACACUGUAUCGGAGAUCUGCUACGACUUUGACUGAAUGGGAGAAUCACAGAACUGAAUCUUCAUUUCAAAAUCACAUGACCAUCAAAGUGCUUGCGUUUCGCUUUGUCAACUGUUUUGGCCUUUUGUUUUAUAUCACCUUCUGCCUACAGGACUUGCAGCUGCUCAAAAAGCGUUUGUCUUCAUUACUGAUUGUGUCUCAAGCAAUCAAUCAAUUUAGCGAGUCAUUGCUUCCAUAUCUGAAGCAAAGACUAAAACUUAACUCCCUAUCACUAAGCAAAACUAAGUCAGACGCAUACCCAUUUAUAGAUUAUGUUGUUUCUCAAGGAGACAAGUUCUCAUAUCCGGGAUUAUUUGAUGACUACAUGGAGCUGUUCGUUCAGUUUGGCUAUGUCAGCCUUUUUUCUUCUGUUUAUCCCCUCACUGCCGUUCUGUUGGUUUUAAACAAUAUCACUGAGAUUCGUACAGACGCUUUUAAAUUAUGUCAGGUUUUCCAGAAACCAUUUUUUCGCCCUGCAGCUAACAUUGGAAUAUGGCAGGUUGCCUUUGAGAUACUUGGAUUUUUCUCUGUCAUUACCAAUUGCUUCCUUGCUGGAAUGUCGCCAGAGAUAAAGACACUUUGUCAGACACAUGUGAUUAGUCCUGAAAAAACUAUGAUUUGUAUCCUUAUAACUGAGCAUUUCCUCAUUGUUUUAAAACUCAUUGUGGCAUUUGCCAUUCCUGACAAACCUGGAUGGCUGCAGUUUAAAGUCAUGCAGAUGGAAUAUCAUUCAUGGACAGCACUCAAAGCAUCAUCAAGAUUCAGCUAGCACAGAAUAUAAACUGUGGCAAAAGAACUGCUGUGAUCUUUUAAGGGCUUUUUUUAAAGGCCUUUUAAAGACAUUGUUUGUGGAAGCUAGUGGACAACAGAAGUCCAUCUUCUGAAUAACUGGGCCAACCUACCAUAAGAGAUUUCAGAAGAUGACAAGAUGAAAGAUGGAAAAUAAAAACACUGUAACACUACAGGAUGAGUGGCCAGUGAAGGGGGUUUGAGUCCUUCCUGGCUUACUGACUAUGAGAUUAUUUUAUUUUUUUAUGAGAUUUUAUUGUGUUUACUAAACUGUUUUUUAAACUUUUUUUUUUUUUUUAAAGAAUUUCUUUAGCAGAAAUGUUUUUACACUGUAUUUUAUUACUUUCAAGCCCAAUAUAUCAUAUUUUAUUGUAUUGAUCUCAGGACAGGAGCAGGAAACUGUACGCUUAAACCAGAGACUAUAUUAUAAGAACGUUUGACUUUCUGAUCUUCCAGGAGCUAUAACCUCAUGUCACAUUGAAGAGGUUUUGUCUUUGUCUUGUAACACUCUGCAAAGCUAUCAUUUUUGCACACUUGAUAUUGUUAGCUUCGUUUUAAAGUCUUCUUCGGAACCCGGAGAUGCACAAGGACUCCGUUAGCUGGAUAAUUCAGUUUAUUGUUAAAUAACAUUUGUUUAAUUUGUUUAUUUAAAUAGUAUUGGUGUUGUAUUUUUGGUGUAACUGAAGUUGUGAACUGUGUGUAUUAUAAUAUGUCAAAACAAGGUGAAUAAAUGAUUCGUUUUUCAGUUAAA